AUGAAGUCAAUCGCUCUUUCAUCCCUCUCCCUCCUCCCAUGCGCGCUUGCGCAGACGGUAUACCUCGCUGGUGACUCCACGAUGGCUACUACUACUAGUGGAUGGGGCGACUUCAUCGCAUCAAGCCUCUCAAUCACCGUCGCCAACCACGCCAUCGGCGGCCGCAGCGCCCGCUCCUUCACCCGCGAAGGCCGCUUCAAAGAGAUCGCCGACCUCCUCCAAGCAGGCGACUACGUCGUGAUUGAGUUCGGGCAUAACGACGGCGGCUCCCUCUCAACAGACAACGGCCGCACCGACUGCCCCGGCACGGGCGACGAGACCUGCGAGACUGUGUACAACGGCGUCGCGGAGACGGUGCUCACGUUCCCCGCGUACCUCGAGAACGCGGCGGCGCUGUUCCUGGAGAAGGGGGCGCACGUUCUCAUCUCGAGCCAGACGCCGAAUAACCCGUGGGAGACGGGCGAGUUUGCGUACUCGCCGUCGAGGUUUGUCGAGUAUGCGAGGCUUGCGGCGGAGGUUGCGGGGGUUGAGUAUGUGGACCAUGGAGCGUAUACGGCGAGUAUCUAUGAGCAGUUGGGGCUGGAGGCUGUUAAUGCGUUUUACCCGAAUGAUCAUACGCAUACAAAUGCGGAGGGGGCGCAGGUUGUUGCGGAUGCGUUUUUGAAGGCGGUAGUUUGCGGCGGCGUUGGGUUGGCUGAUGUUUUGACGACGACCGAGUUUGAUGGAGUGUGCUUGGAGGAUGCUGCUGCGAUUACGACGGAGGCUGCAGCAGCGGCAGAGACCGCGUCGACGGGGCAGACAAAGUGCAAGCGGUCGAGACGGUCAAGGAAGUAG